AUGCUGACAGCACCGAUGCUCCUGUGUCGGAGGAGGGAGGGGGGGCAGCCUCUCUCUAUAAAAGCCGGGGAUCUGCAGCAUCACCGAGCUGGUGCAGUGCAAAAACGCUCGCUCAUCCUCACCGAUGGUGUGCAGAACAAGGGGGACAUAAAGAAACCUUCUGAAACUAAAAACAUCCAUUUCCUUUCUUAUACAAACAAAAAAUCCACCACAAAAAAAAUCACCAUGAGCUACGACUCCUUCUACUCCCACCGUCGCCCUUGGGACAGCUACAGAGGCUCCCAAACCGUCACCAAAUCCUCCAUGUCUUCCUCUCUCUUCUCCUCUUCUCGAGCUCCUCCGUCUGGGAAGAGGAUCCUCAGGCUGGCCUCCUCUUCCCUUCCUGAUGGCUCGGAGCGGAUGGACCUGGCCCAGGCCAGCUCCCUCAACACAGAGCUGCUGGGGCUGCGCUCCCAGGAGAGAGAGCAGUUGGUGGACCUGAACGACCGCUUUGCCACCUAUAUCGAGAAGGUGAGGCACCUGGAGCUGCAGAAUCGGGCUUUGCAGGCUGAGCUGGAGGCGCUGAGGAGGCGGCAAAACGAUCCGUCCCGUCUGCAGAUGCUCUACGAGGGGCAGGUGCGGAGUUUGAGGGCCAUGAUAGACUCAGAGAACGGGGACAAGAUGCGCAUGGAGGCAGAGAGAGUCUACCUGCGUGACGUGUACGAGCAGAUGAAGGAGCGGUUCGAGGAAGAGGCGAGGAGGCGGAUGGAUGCUGAGGAGGCCCUGCAGAGGGCCAGAGAGGAGGCCAGCAGGGCCGUGCUCUCCAACUGUGACGCCGAGGCUUCAGUGGUGACUCUGUGCGAUGAGCUGGUGUUCCUGAAGAAAGUGUUUGCCGAGGAGCAAACUGAGCUGCAGGCCCAGCUGCAGGUGGCCAACAUCAGCGUGGAUGUGGAGGUGUCACGGCCUGACCUCUCCACCGCUCUGCGAGACAUCCGAGUGCAGUAUGAGCGGCUGGCAAACAAGAACAUGCAGGCUGCCGAGGACUGGUACAAGAAAAAGUUUGCAAGCGUGGCGGAGAUGGCCACCAAGAACAACGAAGCCGUGCACGCCAUCAAAGAGGAGACCAUGGAGUACCGGAGGCUGCUUCAGUCCCGCUCUUCAGAGAUCGAAGGUCUCCGGAACGUCAUCGACUCCCUGAAUAAGCAGCUGGAGGACCUGGAGGAGAUGCAGGCGAAGGAGGUGACAAAAUACCAGGUGAGUGAGUGAGCAAGAUUUGGAUCCUGGUUUAAACUGACAGAGGAAUUUCAGAUCCUGGUCAGCUGCCUUGAUGAGAGUUCAGAAAUCUUCUUUUGGUCUGAAAUAGGUCCACAAGAAAAAGGUCAAAAUAGAGAGGACAGAAAAGUGAAACAUGGGAUAGUCCGCUUGAACACAGACCGAAAGAGAAACAAGAUUCAAAGGCAGAGAAGCUUGACGACCAAGAGCAGAAGGAAGCCACACUUCUUUGUCCUAUACAAGUAAAAUACACCCUCUGCAGCAGCUGCACCCUCCCUCACUGUAGCGCUCAGUAGUAGAUGAAGGUGGCAGACUCACAGCAGAGGUAGAAAUCAUCAGAGAUUACUACUGAACAGGAAGAGGCACUACGAUGCGAAAAAAGAGAGAAGAGGAAUUCCAAAAACUGAAUUCCACAACCAUGAGAAACAACUCAAACAUGUUUUCUGUUUUUGCAUCACAUGUUGUAAUCGUUGUGUUUGAAUGUUUUGCUCUGUGUUUCUAGAUGAGGAUAAGUGAGCUGGAGGGAGACAUCACUGAAGCCAAGCAGGAGAUGACACGCUACCUGAGAGAGUACCAGGACCUUCUCAAUGUGAAGAUGGCUCUGGACAUCGAAAUAGCUGCAUACAGGUGAGACAGCCUCAUCGCAAUAAAAAGGAUGUUGUUAUACUUGUUCAGAUUACACAAAUAUAGAGUUGGAUUGGUGGAUGUUAAUAGUAAAUGUGAACCAAGUCUCAGAGUGUGAGGUAAAUAUGUGUUAAUUGAGUAAUGAGGAUGAGUUAUCUAUGAAAGAGGAUUAGGGCCACAAGAAGAGAAAAAAAUAAUUACAGGAGGGAGAUUUUUUGAUUUCCAUUUCAAGAUUUAAGUCACAAUUUUGGGAUUAAAAUUUUAAAAAGUCGAAAUGAAAAAGAUCAAAAUUUUGAGAUCAAAGUUGAAAUUUCAAGAUUAAAAAAAUCUAAAUUACGUGAAUCCAGUUAAAAUUUCGACUUAAAUCUCAAAAGUUUAAAAAAUUUUUAUCUUGAAAUUUCGACUUCAAUCUUGAAAUUUCAACUUUAAUCUUGAAAUUUCGACUUUAUUUACAUAAUUUCGAUUAUUCCAUCUCGAAUUUUUGAUUUUAAUCCUGAAAUUUCGACUUUAAUCUCCUUCCUGUAAUUAUUUUUUUUCUCUUCAUGUGGCCCUCGUCCUCUUUCAUAGUUAUCCUGGGGUGAAAGAGACUGUAAUGCACCAAAAUACAAUAACUAAUUCCUGGUUAAAAAAAUCUACAUGGUCAGUACAGAGGACGAUCCACCCAAGUAUGGAAAAAGCUGAUGUUUUUAUGACUUUCUCCACGUUAAAAAAAUGUGCUUUUAUAUGGGGUUGACCGAAAGAAAAUGUGUUUUGGGUGUUAUGAUUUCUUACAAACACGAAAAAGAAUACACAUUUUAAAGUAUCUCUUUCUUUUUUCUUGUAGGAAACUUCUGGAGGGGGAGGAGAUCCGACUGGCGUACCCUUCCCUUCCAGCCCUAAACUAA